GAGGUUCAGGUUCAUUAUAACGCUUCCUAGGAUACAUUUUCGACGGUGGUUAUCAACAAGAUUUUGGGAAGCAGAUGACAGGCGUGCUCCACUGCCAUGGACCAGAUCUCUUUUCAUCAUAAUAGUGUGCUAUCAGAUGUUCACUUGCUCUUGCCUAAUGCACAGCACUUAAUGACACGCCUCAACCAAGUUGGACAGCCUGUCUUCAUCUCCAAAUUCAAGAUCUUGUCAGAUGGUGAAAGGCACGACAGCAAUGACCCAGAGAAAUGUAAAAGAAAAGAUGGAGAUGAAGGUGUGGUAGGAAAUAUGGAACCAGUUGUGGAUGAAGACGGGGACCUUGACAUCAGACGCCGACUGCAGAAAAACCCUAUGGUGGAUAUUGGUCGAGACUUGGUCUGUCCCAUCAUUCUCAAACAGUCCAACCCUGAACUGGAACAAGAAGAAGAGAAUACUAAUGAUGAAGUUAAUACGUACUUCAAAGACAUCAUUAGGAUUGAGCACACUAUGGCAACACCCCUGGAGGAUGUCGGCAAACAGAUAUGGCGAGGUGCAUUUCUCUUGGCGGACUUCAUCCUCUCUAAGCCAUUCAUGUUCAAAGGAGCAACAGUCCUAGAGCUGGGAGCGGGAACAGGCUUAACCAGCAUCAUCAUGGCAACCAUAGCCAAAACAGUGUACUGCACAGAUGUGGGGGAGGACCUUUUAAGCAUGUGCAAGAGAAAUGUAAUAUUAAAUUCACACUUGAUGGAGCCUUCAGGUGGAGAGGUGAAAGUGAGACAGUUGGAUUGGCUGCAGCAUGACCUUUGUAAAGAUGCUGAUGUGGAAUUUAACUGGACAGAAGAGGAAGUAGUGGAAGUGUAUAACAACACUAGCUUCAUCAUUGCUUCUGAUGUCUGCUAUGAUGAUGAUCUUACAGAUGGCCUUUUCCGAACCCUGUACCGACUCUGCAAUAACUUUCUUCACAACUGCACAAUCCUUAUCUCAAUAGAGAAAAGGUUGAAUUUCACUCUGCGACACCUGAAUGUUUCCUGCAAGGCCUACGACCAUUUCUUCCAUUGUCUGGCCCAACUCCAGGACCGGAUGGAUGGAAAAUGCAGUUUCAGAGUAGAACAACCUUCUAACUUCCCACAGUUUCUUUCCUAUGAACGCAUAGAGCAACUGUCCUGUGCAGACCAUUUGUGCGGAAUAGUUGAGCACAUCUUCAACCUGAGCCUGAAGCUGGGGAGUGUGACAUGUCUGUUAAAAACAUCCUGCUUGGUACCUGUGCCCAAGACUCCCAAGGAUCAGCAGCUACAGGCCGGUGGCACUAACAUCCCACCUGAUGAAGACCCUGGAGAGGCUGGUCCUUGUCCAUCUCCGCCUCCUGGUGGGCCCAUAAUGGACCCACUACAGUUCGCAUAUCAGCGUGGCAUCAGAGUGGAUGAUGCCGUCAUCUUCCUGCUUCACGGACCACUUUCUCACCUGAAAAAGCCUUGGAGCACUGGCUUUAUAAUGUUCGGAGAUUCACCAAAUUUGGCAUUGAGCAGUGGGGCAAAGGAGUUGAUGAUCCUCAUCCAGCACCUGCUGGACACCUUCAGCGGCCCGGCAGGACACGACAGCCUGGGCAUCCCGUUGCUCGACGCUCACUGCAUCCCAGACAUUUGGAUUACGCAGAAGCGCCAUCUCAGCUGCAUCCAGGACCCACCGGGUGUGCAGCUGUACACCCAGACCAGCAGGCUGACGAAGGGCGGAGUCAUCCUGCCAGUAUUUUCAAGCGUUCCUGGUUGA